UUUCAAUCCUACCAACAUGACAUCAUCCCAAGUUUUGUUUUGACUAUAAUUUUUUUUAUAGAUUAUUAAAGAUCAGCUAUUCCCUUUAGUUUUAUUUUAUUUUAUAAAAGAUUUAUAAGUGUUUCUAUUAUUAAAUAAUAAUUUAAUGUGAAAAACAAAACUUAACCUACAAAAAAUGUCUUUUAAGAAGUUUAAAACUUCAGUUUUAAAUAAAAAUAAUGUAUCAGUAAGUGACGAUAAUAUAAAAAAGAAAAUUGAUUCGGAAUCUAAUUCAAGUGGAACUAUUAGAUCUAAAAUAAAAAGUGAUCAACAAAAUACUAAAUCAAAGUCAAAAAUAUUGUCGAAAAACUCGUAUGGAAUAGUUAAGAAGAAAAAUGAUUGUAGCAAAAAUAAAGGAAAAAGUUUAGAUAAUAAUAAUGAUGACCAUUCUUAUGUUGAUCAAAAUGUUGUGGUCUCAAAGUUAAAAAUUCCGAGUAAAAUUAAAAAGAAAACGAACAAAAAUUCAAAUAAUAAUAGUAAAGAUGAUAAUGAAGAACUUAAUCAAAAAAUUGAAACAAUAUAUCUUCGUAAGAGAAAAAGAGAUGAUGAUCAUCAUAUUGAUAAAAAUUAUUCCAUAAACGAAGAAAAAAAAAAGGUGAAAAAGAGGAAAAGGGUAAAUUUUUUGAAUAAAACUACUGACGAAGAUGAUGAUUUUAAAAAUCAACAAGAUGAUAUUAAUAAAGAAAAUAAUAAUUUUGAAGAACAGCAUUUGGAAAUUGAAGGCGAAAAUCGUGAGAAACGUGUAGAUAAAAGGACAAAUUUAGAUGAUAAUGAUGAUUCGGAUUCAAACUCAAAUUCAAUUCCAAAAACAAACAUUGAGUUAAAACAGGUAUUACGGGAUUUAAAAGUUAAAUUAAUUCAUGAAGUACCAAAACAACAUUUACUUGAGUCAAAUGCUGGAUCUCAUGCUCCUAGCUCGGAUGUAAUUCGAAAUUUCGAAAAAUAUGUCCCGUUAAAAAAAGGUGUUUACACUAAAGAAGAAGAUAGAAUUAUUAUCAAGAAUUGGAAAAAUUUUUGCAAACUCCACAACUGGGAUUGUAGUAAUUAUCAACCGUUUUUAAAUUGGAGGCAAGAUUGGUUAUUUAUAGUAAAACAUUUUGAACAGAGAAGAAAAUUUGUACAAUUUUUAGCAAAUGGAUUACCAAAUCGAACUUUAUACAGCGUUAAUCAUCGAUUUAGAAAUUUACAUGCCAGUCAUUUACAAAGCAGGUACACAUUUAGGGAAGAUGUAAUAAUAUUGAAUUAUAUGGAGGAAAAUUCAAAUUCUAAUCAAUCGCAUGUGUUUUCCGAUUUAGCAAAAGUAUUAAAUCGUACAAGGGCUUCAGUAUGGCGUAGAUAUCGUAUAUUAAAAAAGAAAGAAUGAAAAAUAUAUUUUUUUUUAACUUCGCGAGAUUUUCUUUGUUUUUAUUUUUAAAUAAAAUCCAAAUAUUAUAAAUAAUUCUAUUUUAUUUAUGUAAAUGAAAAAUAAAUAUAUAUUAUUUGAUAA